GGUAUCCUUCCGGUUAAGCUUGUUUGAUCAUCAGAGCCCAGUUCUUUCCCCUUCUUGGCAUUCAGUGAAACAGUCACACAGGGCUCGCGGUUCCUCACUUGUCUUUCCCCAAACGGUUAACAUACACCUUCGGACAUGGCAUCUUCGAUCUCGGCACAGGGGCAGGCAAACCCGGCUCCUGCUCCGCAACUGCAGAGAGGAAUAGUCAAGAUGGUGCUGUCUGGAUGUGCUGUGAUUGUCCGUGGCCAGCCCCGAGGAGGACCCCCACCUGAGCGACAGAUCAACCUGAGCAACAUACGGGCUGGUGCGCUGGCUCGCAGAGCUGCCCAGAGUCAACCAGAUGCUAAGGACAUUCCAGAUGAGCCUUAUGCUUUCCAGGCACGAGAAUUUCUGAGGAAGAAGUUGAUAGGCAAGGAAGUAUGCUUCACUGUCGAAAUCAAGACUGCACAGGGUAGAGAAUACGGCGUGGUAUACCUUGGAAAGGACACGUCGGGAGAGAACAUUUCAGAGGCCUUGGUGGUGGAGGGUCUUGCCACAGUUCGCCGAGAAGGCAUCAGGGGAAACAACCCUGAUCAAGCAAGACUGUGUGACUUGGAAGAUCAGGCCAAGUCUACCAAGAAGGGCAUGUGGUCUGAGGGAGGUGGCUCCAGCACUGUUCGGGACCUGAAAUACAGCAUCGAGAAUCCACGCAACUAUGUUGACUCUAUGCAUCAAAAGCCUGUCAAUGCCGUCAUUGAACACGUAAGAGACGGCAGUGUAGUGCGAGCACUUCUUCUACCUGACUGCUAUCUAGUGACCAUCAUGCUGUCUGGUGUCAAGUGCCCGACGUUUAAGCGAGAGGCGGACGGAACGGAGACACCAGAGGCAUUCGCCGCCGAGGCAAAGUUUUUCACCGAGUCGCGGCUUCUUCAGAGGGACGUCCAGAUCAUCCUGGAGUCCUGCCCAAACCAAGUCAUCCUCGGCACCAUAAUGCAUCCGAAUGGGAACAUCACAGAGCUGCUGUUGAAGGAGGGCUUUGCACGCUGUGUGGACUGGUCUAUGGCAGUUUACACUCAGGGAGCGGAGAAACUUCGUGCUGCUGAACGAUCGGCUAAGGAACGCAAAGUUAGAAUCUGGAAGGACUACGUCGCUCCCACUGCCAAUCUGAAUGAGAAGGACCGUAAUUUUGUUGCCAAGGUGAUGCAGAUAGCUAAUGCUGAUGCCAUUGUUGUGAAGCUGAACUCUGGUGACGACAAGACCAUACAUCUCUCGAGCAUUCGACCUCCAAGGCUUGAAGGCGAGGAGAAAAUAAAGGACAAGGAUAAGCGCUUCCGUCCACUCUACGACAUUCCUUAUAUGUUUGAAGCCAGAGAAUUCAUGAGGAAGAAACUCAUUGGAAAAAAGGUGAACGUUACAGUGGAUUACAUCAGAGCUGCUACAGAGUCGGGCACCGUUCCAGCCUUCCCAGAGCGUACCUGUGCCACGGUAACAAUAGGAGGCAUCAACAUAGCAGAGGCUCUUGUCAGCAAAGGCCUGGCCACUGUAAUCCGGUAUCGUCAGGAUGAUGACCAGCGCUCAUCUCACUACGAUGAACUCCUCGCUGCUGAGGCCAGAGCAAUUAAGAAUGCCAAGGGUCUGCACAGCAAAAAGGAAGUUCCAAUUCACAGAGUCGCUGACAUUUCUGGGGAGACUCAAAAGGCCAAACAGUUCCUUCCGUUCCUACAGCGCGCGGGUCGCUCUGAAGCCGUGGUGGAGUACGUCUUCAGUGGAUCGCGCCUCAAGCUCUACAUGCCAAAAGAGACGUGUCUCAUCACCUUCCUACUGGCUGGUAUCGAGUGUCCUCGUGGUUCCCGAAACAUUCCAGGUGGGACUCAAGUAGCAGAGCCGUUCAGUGACGAGGCCAUGCGGUUUACCAAAGAGCUGGUCCUGCAGAGAGAGGUUGAGGUAGAAGUUGAAAGCAUGGACAAGGCUGGCAACUUCAUCGGCUGGCUGCACAUCGAUGGGCUAAAUCUCUCUGUAGCUUUGGUUGAGAACGCUCUGUCGAAGGUCCACUUCACUGCCGAGCGCAGUAACUACUAUAAGACCCUGGUGUCUGCGGAGGAGCCUGCACGUCAAAGAAAAGACAAAAUCUGGGCCAACUUUGAGGAGAAGCCUACGGAGGAAGUGGCAGCAUUGCAGUCAGAGGAGAAGGAGCGGGUUGCUAAGUACCGAUCCGUAUACGUCACAGAGAUCACAGACGAACUGCACUUCUACACUCAGGACGUGGAAACGGGUGCCCAGUUGGAGAACUUGAUGGAGACCAUGCGAGCAGAAAUUGCUGCCCAGCCGCCAGUAGAAGGUUCCUAUGCUCCACGCAGAGGUGACUUCUGUAUUGCCAAAUUUGCUGAUGGCGAGUGGUACAGAGCCAGAGUGGAGAGGGUUGAAUCACCUGCAAAGGUCAACGUAUUCUACAUCGACUAUGGCAACCGGGAGACUCUCUCUUCCACACGCCUGGCUCCCCUCCCUCCUGCUUUCAGCACCCGCACUCUUCCUGCUCAGGCCACAGAAUAUGCCUUUGCAUUCAUCCAAGUGCCACAGGACGAGGACGCACGGGCUGACGUGGUGGACACUAUUGUCAAAGACAUCCAGAACACACAGUGUCUGCUCAACGUGGAGUACAAUGGCGUAGCAUGCCCUCACGUCACGAUUCAGUUUGCCGACUCCAAAGACGACGUGGGUCUUGGACUGGUGAAAGAAGGCUUGGUCAUGGUGGACGUCCGGAAAGAAAAGUAUCUGGCAAAAAUGGUAACCGAGUAUCUGAAUGGUCAGGAGUCUGCAAAGAGUGCCAGGCUGAACAUCUGGCGCUAUGGCGAUUUCCGUGCUGACGAUGCAGAUGAGUUUGGAUACCGUCGCUGAAAUGUGCCAUUCCAAAGACCUGGUGGGAAGACAGGAUGCACACACUGACAAGAAAAAAAUAAACAUAACAUAUUUGGAGGAAAAAAAAGAAGCCUCAACUUUCAACUUUCUUCUCUCUCUCUCUCUGGUCUUUCAUACUCCGUGCAUCUCCCAGUCUUCCCCUUUGACGCUUAACGCAAAGUCUUCAAGGUUUUUCCGCCCUACGAAACCUUGGUAUUCACCCCGUAAUAUCCAGUCCUUAGUACUACUGUUAUCAAAAACGGCAGCAGUUGUCCAAUCUUUUAACCGAUCUCAAAAAUCUGUAACCCCUGUUGGAUAGACUCUGAACCAAACCUACUCAUUGAGAGGUACGCAUAAAAUGAGUUGUGUCCACAGUGGUGGGAGAAUCACCUGAAGAAUCAUGAACUCUAUAAUAGCUUGCUGACAAAACACUUCCUAUGUAUUAGAUAAUGUAUGGAAAAUGUAAAUGGAUAUUAUUUUCAAGUUAGAUAAACCAAUUCAAAGUGAACUAAUGGCUGUAUUUUUUGUCUUUAAUGUAUAUCUGAGUGUUUAAUUACAUUUAAUGACUUUUUUAUGUAGGGAGUGUUUUUUUUGUAUUGUUCUCGUGGCAAAGUGCUGCCAAUGCCUUGACAAGCAUUUCUCUCCUCUUCUGCUGUGACGUUUACAUAAUCCAGAACAGUUACGGUCAUGCCAUCUCUUCUCAGCCUGUCUCGCUCUCCUGCAAUGGCAGAAACAGUGUUUGACUGUGUUUCCCAUUUGACAGAACUUUUCAAUGUAUUUAAACCUUCUGAAUAAAACAAGCAAACCUA